UAGAGGAAGAGGUUUGUGUGUUUGGAAGGGGGUCUUUGCUUUGUUUUAGACUUCUCCUUUGUUGAUGACUCCUCAUCAUGAGAAGCUGAGGAAGUUUUCCUGUUUUUCAUUCCAGAUAUCCUUAGGAAGAGUGUUGAUCAUGGAGAGAUGCGUGAGACGGAUUUUCCUGCAAUCCCAGAUCGGGGAAUCCUUUGGGCUGGAUAAAGCACAACUCCGUCCGGACCGUUGAAAGAUUUGUGUGUAAACACUGGAUUCCGUGUGUGUGUUUUGUUUUCUGCUCGUGGAGCAGGGGGGGGUGCUUUGCUGUCUUUUCCCUCAAGGGCUUUUGCAAGGCUGGGCUCAUUCUAUUGUGACAUUGUGGAACUAUUUCUCCCCUAGAUGCUAGAACUGUGGAUUCUAGAACUGUAUGUUGUGGAUUCUUGAACCGCUCACUCUGGAUUGUAGAACUGUGCAUUGUGGAUACUAGAAUUGCACUCCGUGGAACAUUCUCUCCUUGGGAUUCUAGAACUACUUCUACUACUACUGUAACUACUCUCAGGAGGACUGAGAGAGGGACAGAUGGGUGAUUGUUGAUGCUUUAGGGGUUAUCAAAGACACUUAGCUACAAUUAGAGACCAUCUCAGAGACUAGUCUUUUCCCCCUUUUAAAUCUAUCUCUGUGGGGACGCUAUCAUCACCAUUGCCAGAUUUUGCUCUCUAAGCCCCCCUUACUAUGAAGAGUCACCCAUGCGUCCACACUGGCAACCCGGGCAUGGUGCUCGUCUACGGAGUCAUCGCUGACAAAACACAAGAGAUGACAUCGCACAGCCCUGUCAAGCGCCUCAAAACUGACCACCACCACUCACCACCCCUCCCUGUCCCUGUUCCCCUGUCCCCUGUCCCCUGUCUCCCCCCUCCAGAGGAGGCCUACCAGAAGCUGGCCACGGAGACGCUGGAGGAACUGGACUGGUGCCUGGACCAACUGGAGACCCUGCAGACCAGACACUCUGUCAGCAAGAUGGCCUCCACCAAGUUCAAGAGGAUGUUGAACAGGGAGCUGUCUCACCUGUCUGAGAUGAGUCGCUCGGGGAACCAGGUCUCUGAGUUCAUCUCCAGCACCUUCUUAGACAAGCAGCAUGACGUGGAGAUGCCAUGUCCGCAGAUGCAGAAGGAGAGGACGGACAAGAAGAGUGCCAAGCCAAUGUGUCAGAUCAGUAGUGUGAAGAAGCUGCAGCACAGCACCAGCCUCACCAACUCUAAUAUACCACGCUUUGGGGUCAAGACCGGGACAGAGGACAAACUGGCAAAGGAGCUUGAGGACGUCGAUAAAUGGGGCCUUAAUCUUUUUAAAGUCACCGAGCUUUCGGGGAACAGGCCUUUAACAGUCAUGAUGUACACAAUUUUCCAGGAAAGAGAUUUAUUAAAAACAUACAAAAUACCAUUGGACACCUUUAUAACCUACCUGAUGACUCUAGAAGACCAUUACCAUGGUGAUGUAGCCUAUCACAAUAACAUCCAUGCUGCUGAUGUCACCCAGUCCACUCACGUGCUGCUGUCCACGCCUGCUCUAGAGGCUGUGUUCACAGACCUGGAAAUCCUAGCUGCCAUCUUUGCUAGUGCUAUUCAUGACGUAGACCACCCGGGGGUCUCCAACCAGUUUCUCAUCAGCACCAACUCAGAGCUGGCCCUCAUGUACAAUGACCCAUCAGUCCUGGAGAACCACCACCUGGCCAUGGGCUUCAAGCUGCUGCAGGAAGAGAACUGUGACAUCUUCCAGAACCUGACCAGAAAACAACAUCAGUCGCUCAGGAAGAUGGUCAUAGACAUAGUACUAGCUACUGACAUGUCCAAGCACAUGAAUCUUCUGGCGGACCUGAAGACCAUGGUGGAGACCAAGAAAGUCACCAGCUCUGGAGUGCUACUACUAGAUAACUACGAUGACAGGAUACAGGUACUCCAGAACAUGGUGCACUGUGCAGACCUCAGUAAUCCCACCAAGCCCCUGCAGCUGUACCGCCAGUGGACCGACCGCAUUAUGGAAGAGUUCUUCAGCCAGGGGGACAGGGAGCGAGAGAGAGGCAUGGAGAUCAGCCCCAUGUGUGACAAACACAACGCCUCUGUACAGAAGAGCCAGGUGGGGUUCAUCGACUACAUCGUCCACCCUCUGUGGGAGACGUGGGCUGACCUGGUGCACCCUGACGCCCAGGACAUCCUGGACACUCUACAGGACAACAGGGAGUGGUACCAGAGCACCAUCCCCCAGAGCCUCUCGCCCACCCUGUACAAAUCCGACCACAGCAGCAGCCGCCCUCCUGGGGACAAAUUCCAGUUCGAGCUCACACUGGAGGAGGACGAAGAGACGGACACGGAGAAAGACAGCGUGAGUCAACCAGAGGAGGGGCAAGAGGAGGAGAAUAGUUGUGACUCGAAAUCCACAGAGAUCCCGUUGAACGAACAGGUGGAAGAGGAGGAGGAGGAAGAGGGUGAAGGGCGACGCCGGGUACCGAGUAUGGCGGAGGUGGAGGGAGAGGGGGAAGGGAAAGAGGAGGGCGAGGAGGAGCAGAGAGCGACUGACACAUAGCAGCAGGCAAAACUGCACGGGUUGCCAAACUGCGAAAGAGAGACUGUCACGUUACCACGUCUCAAGGGAUAAGGUGAAUACUAGUAAUUGCCAUGAUGUCAGUAAUACUGCGUCGUCAGGAGUUCCAAAGCGCACGUUGUACUCCUCAAGCCCAGGCCUCUCCUCACUACACUCCGACUAGAGGCGAUAUGGGGGCACAGACCCCCACAGACCCCCCUCCUCCCCUCCCCCCAGGACUCCUUGGAGCUCCACACUUUUGCACUCAGGAAAUGUUUUGUCGACUUUAUUGCCUCCAUUUUUGUUUACAUUCUGGUUUGUUCGGCCUGUCGGGAGCGAGGUGUAUGUCUGUCGACGCUUGGUGGGUUUGAGUUCAAAGGCCAAACUCCACCUCUCCUCUAGCUCCUCCCACUUCUUGUCAGUGCAGGAAGUAAACAGGAAGUGUUCUUUAACUCCCUGACUGAGCACAUGGGCAACACAUAGGAUGCUUGGAACAGUCCCAACUGUAGCAUCAUCGGAGGACAGAAAAAAACGGGGAAGAUGGACUGCAAGGUGACCCCAGUCCACUAAUAUGAUCUGAAAAAACUAUGAUGGAUAUUAUAGGGAGAGACAAAGACAUAUAUUGUGAGAUGAUUUCAAAGAUAACUUUUUUUCUAAAGUUCAAGUCUUCCUUAAAACCAGACUGGCAGAAAAUGCAGCCGCAACGCUGUUUUUGACUUCAUCAGUUUUGUACAUAAAACUGAGUUAUUUUUGUAGAUUUUACUUUUGUUACCGAGAGACAGAAAGAGAAAAAAGCAGAGGAAGAUGUUCAAUUGAGAAUCUUCUUCGUCAUUUAUUGCAACCAUUGUAACUUUAUUUUUUGAGAAGAGAUAUAUAGCAUCAUAAUGGGUGUGGUCUUUCCUGGAAUGUGUGCUUCUACUGCGUGGAGGUGACUAAGGUCUUUACACUCACUCAGUUUUUUAAAAAUAUUUUAUAACUUCUCACCAAGGUAUUUCAGAUAGAAGCAUCUUAUUUGAACGUGUGGUAUUCUGCUUGAGAGCUUUGGGGUUAUUCAUGUAACUUUACUGCAGGUUUAAAUGUACCACCUGUUUUUAUUUUUCAUAACAGAAAGAAGCCGGUAACUACUGACCUUAAGAAUAUAAUAAUAAUGUAUAAUGUGCGUAUGCCAUUUUUCCAUUUCAAUAUGAUAUGUCUUGUUAACAUCCUGAGUAUGAUGCAUGUAGCGAUCAGUUCUAUCCAAUCAAACUUACUAUACAAAUAGACUAUCCAAUCUAUCUAUACAUUGUUAAAUCUGUUUUGAAAUAGGUGGUACAUGUUUCUCAGCUGUUAAAGUUAGAGUCAGCGAUAUGACGUAGAUGCAGAACGUAAACAGCAACAUGGGUUAAUUUCCGCAACAACUAAGAGUGUUGAAAUGCGAGGCUCAACUUUUCCGAUGUUUUGGUCCCGUGGCUACUACGUUGUAAAUGCGUGAAGCGAACCCAUGCACAUGCGCAGAUAAUGUGUGUGACUAUCCGAGAGCGAAGUCGUGCAUCUUGCGCAUCGCAAUAUCUGUGGUGCUGCUCGUGGCAAUGUAAUUUCGCCGACUCUACCUUUUAAGGUUUAUGAAUAACCCCCAUUGACCAUCAGUAAGCCUCCAUAAACACUCCUAGUUCUCAACAGUGUUGGUUACAAUUACAACUAGUAAUUUAACUAUAUUUUGCAGUAGCUUGGUGGUAGUUUAACUCAAUUCAAAUCUAGGUAGUAUUUUCAGUAGUUAAUUACUUUUUGCCAUGUAGCGGUUUAGCUAAUGGCCCUGUGUAGCUCAGUUGGUAGAGCAUGGCUCUUGCAACGCCAGGGUGGUGGGUUCGAAUCCCAC